AUGGACGAACACAUGCUAUUGAGGGAUUAUCUUUUUAGGAUCAGCCAUAGAUUUCGGAUAUAUCUUAUCUUGGUCUUCCUCUUUGUCACCGCUAGCCUAUGUAUGACACUGAUACAGAUCACGGGUGUGAAUGGAAGAGCUACCUUCUUAAAUGGUGGAAAUUUUGCUGUCACUUCAAUCGUUCAAGUUGUUGAGACCCUUCUUUGCUUACAUGCUGGUACAAAAUUUUCCUCCCGAGCCCAGGGCAUUGGUGCAGUUGCAUGUAGAUGGUAUGCAAUAGUAACUUGCAAGUCUCUUGAUAGAGGUAGACGUUCAAUAUCUUUGUGUUCAUUAUCUUCGAGUUUUUCCGAGAGUGAAUCGAGUUUGCUAGAUGAAAAUUCAAUUGUCAACCAUUCCCAAUUUGCUUCAGUUUCUUCAUAUAACAAAAGACAAUCUUUUGUGAUAUAUUUGCAGGCGAAUCCUAGAGGGCUUACAUUAUACGGUUGGACAGUGGAUCGUACACUUUUGUCUACAAUUUUUGCAAUCAAGCUCUCCCUCGUUCUUUUUGUGCUUGGUCAGACCAUUGUUUUUGACUCUCCAUCAUCUUGA